AUGAAAAAUGUCGUUGUACUCGCAACGGUAGGUUUUUUGCGAUUUUUAUAUUGUUUUAGGUAAUAAUUGAUGGAAAAUGGGAUUUUUGAGAAAUUUCGGAAUUGGUAUAAGGUGAAAUGGAUUUUAACGGUCUUUUUGGACCUUGCUAUAGCUGUUGGAGUAGAUUUUGUAGGAAAAAAUAAGAAUUUUUGAUAUUAUUUUAGGUAAGAAGUUAAUGAAAAAUUUUGAUUUUUUGAAAUAUUUGGGCCUGAGUCGACCCAAAAACUAUUUUGUUUGUAAUAUUGGCCCGUUUUACGAAUUUUGGAAUCAAUUUUUAGCUAAAAUACGAAUUUUUCGAUAUUAUUUUAGGUAGAAGUUUGAUGUAAAAUUGAGAAUUUCUGGGAAAAUUUGAAGGUAUCUGACCUGAUGAUCUGUUUUUAAAUUGAUUUCACGCCCAGAUAAAGCGUUUGGAACUUAUUUUUAGUCAAAAUAUCGAAUUUCGAAUAUUAUUUUAGGUAACAAUUGAUGUUAUUUUGGAUAAAAAGUUGUUUUUUUGAGCGAAUUCUGAUCUGAAAUGUGGAUUUUAAGCUCUUGUGGAGUGUAAAAUACGAGGAAUAGAGUGUUUUUGGCAAAUUUUUGAAAUAAAUUUUAACCUUAUUUAGCUACUAACCCUCUCCGUGGCCCAGUCCGACUCGGGUUUCGCGCUCUUGGAUGUGGAGACGUCGGACAACCAGCCCGUGAAUCAUGGGUUGUGCGUCAAUUUCCAGCAAUACUUCAUCAAAUCCCUGCCCACCAGCGCCGAGGAGGCUCGAAAAGACAACAAAGUGCGUUUUUUAGGUAUCAAAUCGAAGAAAAUUCGGAAAAAAUGAAAUUUUUCGACGACAUUUUGACUUGAAAUUGUAAAAUACGAGCUCCUUAAUUAAUUCUUGGUAUUUUCAGUACUCAUUCGACCUGAAUUGGUGGCAGGAAACACCGGAUAACCUCGAUGUUUGCAAGGGAAAUGAGACGGACCUGGGUGGAGAAAUUAUCCCGGCCAAAUACCCAUCCACUUACUACCCACAAGACCUCUCGAAAUGCGAGAAACGCGGAAAGAAUGAGAGCUAUUACAUCCAAGGACAGGUAAGAGGUGAAUUUGAUGAAGAUGAGGUCUAGUGUAAUAUAAUUUUUGUCGGAUUUUAAUGAAAUUUGGGUUGGAAGAGAAAUUUUGAGGACUGAUUUGAUAAUCUAGAGGAAAAAAUUGGGUUUGAGAUUGAAAAACAUGUUAUUUUGAUCAAUUUUUGUCUAGUGUAAUAUAAUUUUUGCUUGUUUUGAUGGAGAUUUUGGUUGUUAUAGCAAGUAUGAGGGCUGAUUUGAUAUUACAGAGGAAAAAUUUUGGGUUUGAGAAAGAAAAACGUGUAGUUUUGAAGAGUUUUUGUCUAGUGUAAUAUAAUUUUUGUCAAAUUGGAACGAAGUCUGAGGGCUGAUUUGAUAGUCUAGAGGGGGAAGCGUAUGUUCGAAGUCAAAAAUGCAGUAUUUUUGAAAAUUUUUUUGUCUAGUGUAAUAUAAAUGUUGUCAAAUUUGAUGGAAAUUUUGUUUGAAUUUGGUAGAAUGGUUCCGGAUUAGAGCUUAAAUUGAAAAUAUUUGUGAGUUGCAACUUGAAAAAAAUGGAAUUUUGAGCUAUUUUUUACCUAGUGUAAUAUCCAAAAUUUGAAGAAUUCGGUGAUUUCUUUGUGUUAUUUUGUAUACGGAGUUUAUAUUUUUGAUGGAAGGGCUUUUUUUAAGAGAUUUUUGAAAAAUAGGACAGAUUUACUCUAUCGUAUUUUACCCAAAAAUUACCUAAAAAUGGUUUCAGGUCCGAGCCAUCAAGGAAGCGGGCGCCGCCGCCGCCCUUUUCAUCCUCGAAAAAGGGACUCCCAGCGAUUUCCACGGCAAAAACUUCUUGUUCUCCCGCUUCUACAACCCCAAGGUCCGCAAUGACACGCCCACUUUCUACAUGUACAAGGAUUUGUUCGAUUCGAUCAAAGGCCUCAUCAAUAUCGACCGAAAUGAAGCCCCAAUCCUCACGUUUUAUCGCCCGGCCGACCCCUUCCUCGACGCCGGAGUUUUUGUCCUCCUUGCACUGGCGGUUGGCUGCAUUUUGUUGGGAUGCGUUUGGUAGGUCGGGAAGGGGAAAGUAAUGUAAAUUUUGAUAAAGUUUUGGGGUAGUGAUGAGUGAGGAGGGCUAGAAUAGAUGUAUUAGGAAUUUUGGGAGGUGGUGAGAUGUAUUUGGCAAGGUUUUGAGGGUAGAAUUGCCGGAAUUUUGAUUUUUUUGGGCUUGAAGGUCAUGGAUAAGAUAAAUUUUGAUGAUUUUAGUAAUUUUUUGAAUUAUUUUUUUGGAGAUGAUGGUUUUGGAAGAUAGAGAAUGCUUUUACAAACUUUUUUUUACAAAAAGUGGAGAUUAAAAUUCAUGAAAUUUUGCUUUUUUUUGAUCUACAUACAGGUCAAGUGUAAUAUAAAAUUUGAUGAUUUUUUGAAUUGUUUUUUGGAGAUGAUUGUUCAGCAAGACAAAUAAUGCUUUUUAUAAAGUUUUUUACAACAAUUGGAGGAAAAAAUUCAUGAAAUUUUAUUUUUUUUGGGCUACAUACAGGUCAUGGAUAAUAUAAAUUUUGAUGAAAGUUGAGGCUUUUAUUGUAAGCUGAUGAAUGGAAUGGAAGUUUUAGUGCAAAAGAAGUUCCUGGAUACGUAUUUUACAAAAAAAUUUAUGGUAAAGUUUGGUGAAAAAAUUGUUUUUAUCAUAGGGUCAUCAAGGGUAAUAUAAAUUUUGAUGGUUUUGAUGAUUUUUUGAUUUAUUUUUUGGAGACGAUUGUUCAGAAAGACAAAAAAUACUUUUUUUGCAAAGUUUUCGACAAAAAGUGGAUAAUAAAAUUUGUGAAAUAUUGCUUUUUUUUGACCUACAUGCAGGUCAUGGAUAAUACAAAUUUUGAUGAAAUUUGAGGUUUUUAUUGUAAGCUGAUGAUUGGAAUAGAAGUUUUAGUACAAGAGAGAUCUCUGGCUACGUAUUUUACAAAAAUUGAGUGGUAAAAAUUGGUGAAAAAAUUGUUUUUUUUUUAAUCAUAAGGUCAUCAAGGGUAAUAUAAAUUUUGAAAAAAUGCUGUUUUUUUUUAUUUUUUUUGGUGGAAAAUUUGCCAUGGUAGAGUCAAAAGUUUUGCCUGGGGUAACAUGAAAGUUUUGGCGGACUUUUUUAUUAACAAUUUUCGCCUUCAGGUACGUCCGCGACCUCCGCCAACGCCUCGAAUCGGGCCGCCUAAAAUCGACUUCCCUCGAAACACCAUCACACCCAGAGUCUAGUGAGACCGGGAUUCUGACGAGAACUUCUUCUCCAGACUCCCAAACCGAAGAGGAGAAGCCGGCAUGCUGCCACAACAACGGAGUUUGCUGCCAUUUGGUCUCGGCUGGAAUCGCUCUCUCGGUCUUGGUGUCCAUCUUAUUGCUCAGCUUCUUCUUCAGAUCUGUUGCUGGUGAGUUUUUUUGACCUUUCAGUUGUUUCUUGGCUUUUAGGAAGAAGAAGGAAUUGAAAUAUGGAGGGUUUUGAUAUUACACUUGAUGGCAGAUGUAGAUUAGGUUGAAAAGUAAUGUUUAGAACAAAAAAAAGGGCAAAUGUGUCGGUAGAUAGUAAGAGUAGGACAUCAAAAUGAUUUUGGCGAAAUUUCAAAAAUUUUGGAUCACGCGGAGACAUUUUAUACGAUGAUUUAGGGUUUUUUAGAUAGCUGCUGGAAAACUUGAUGUGGUGUAAAAUUGAGGUGUUUGGUAGUGCUGAGGUGAAUAGUAGAUGGGCUAUAGAGCUAUUGCAUGCGGUUUCAUUCAACAUUGCCUAAGGAAGUUAGGAAAUUUUUACAUUUUUUGGCUUUUGAUAUAAAAAUGGAUCAAGUGUAAUAUCGACUUUAAAAUUGCUUUGAAUUUUAACGUAUUUGGUUUAACAACACGCUAAAUGAUCUAAUAGUUAAAUUUUCAGUCGAGAUCUUCAACAUUUUCCUUGUGAUCGGCGGCACUUUAUCGAUUUGUAAAUGCACCUUGGCGCUGAUCCGAACCUUUGUUCAAGACCCCGCCCUGGCCUCCCCCAUGGAAUGUUUUGGCGGAGAUGUGGAACACGAGAAGUGGUACCUCCCAGCGAAGCUGUACAAGCCAUUCCGGCCGGUGGGAUUCAUGGUUUUCCUCCUUUCCUUGGCCUUUGCUUUGACCUGGUACUUUGCGAAAGACGACCCAAAAGCCUUUUAUAUGCUCGAUCUGAUGAACGCAUGCAUUUGCAUUUACAGUGUGAGGUCCUCAGAGAUCAGAAGCCUGAGGGUGAGUGGGAUUUGGGGUGGUUUUUGGGGAGUUUGAGACAAAAUAUAUUACUUUAGGUGGAUUUGAUGGAUUUUGAUGAUUUUUGAUAAAUUUUGAAAUAGAAUUUGAUGUUUGACUGAAUUUAUUGAGGCAAUGAGGCAUUUUAUUUAUUUUGGAAGUGAUUUUUUGGCGGAAAUUUUGGUUUUUCGGAGAAAAAUUUUGUUUUUUGACCUUGUUUUAGGUGUUUUUCUCGAAAAUUAAAGGAUUUAGACGCGUGAAAGAAUUAUUUCCCCCAUGUUUUAUUUUUUUUAGUUCAUCACAUUCUUCCUGAUCGCCAUGUUCGCCUACGACAUUGUGAUGGUGUUCGGCACACGGCUGAUGACCGAAACUGGCUGUUCAGUCAUGGUGCAGGUGGUGACUGGAAUGGAUUGCCAAAAAACCCGUCCCAUCGACUUUAGCAGCGACUGGCCCAUUGCUCCGGUGGUCAAAGGGCUCGGCGAUCGGCCGAGAAAGGUAAAAUUUUUGGGAUUUUUGGGGAAUUUGGGAGUUUUGUCUAUUACAACAAGGAAAAUACUUUUAUGGAGUUACAGGUCGAGACAUAUAUCAAAAUAUUUGCAAAAUUUUUCUGAUUCAGAAUAUGUAAAAAUUAACUGCCCAAUUUUGGCUUGUAAGGGCGAAAAAACCCCCAGAACUUUUCUCGCAACACCACGAAAAUGCCCCUUUUUUACAUUGGAAAUGCUAAUAAAGGUGUAGUAUUAUUAAUCAAAUUUGAUAUUUUAAGGCUUGUCCAGAUGCCAGCGUUUACUUUACCUCAAAACAAAAGUUUUGAAUUGGUAAAAACUUGGUCAAAAAAGCAAAUUUCAGACCCUUGUCAGAACUUUUCUGGCAACACCUCGCAAAUGCUUUUUUGACCAAGCUUUUAUCAAUUCAAAAGGUUUGUUUGGAGCUAAGGUAAACCGGGGCAUUUGCGUGGUGUUGCGAGAAAAGUUCUGACGAGGGAAUGGUCUGAACUUCCCCCGGCGUUUGGCAAAAUGACUAGUACAGGUGGAUAGAGCAGGUAAACUUUGGUAAAAAGAGCCAUUUUCCAGCUGCGGAAUAAGCCCGGCCGACGAGAAAAAUCGACCAAAAGUUCCGCAAAAAUUUCCUCUUUCUCUUCACUCCGAAAAGAAGAGCGGUGUCCAAUGGUUCGGUUGGCCGAGUGGAUAAAGCGUCCGCUCGGUAUUCUUUUGGGGGUUGGUUCGAUUCCGGGGCAGCCCGAAGACCGAAGACUUUGGUGUGAAAGACCAAACUCUCAUAAAACAAAAAAAAAUAUUUUGCCAUUUUUAUACGUUUUAUGGAACUAUACCGAAAACACAGAUAAUCGUUAAAAAAUGGUUUUUUUGGAUUUUUCCAGACCUACAAAUCGAUGGAACGUCGAAGUCAUACUCGUUUGGUCAUACAAGGUAUCCAUCAUCUCUUUUUGAAAAGGACCGUACCCCAAUUUGUAUUAUUUAAAAAUUUUUUUAUAACCUAUAAAACGCUUAAAAAUGGCAAAAUAUUUUUUGUUUUAUGUGAGUUUGGUCUUGCCCACACCAAAGUCUUAUUACGGUCCUUCGGGCUUCCCCGGAAUCGAACCAACCCCCAAAAGAAUACCGAGCGGAUGCUUUAUCCACUCGGCUAACCGAACCACUGAACGCCGCUCUUCUUUUCGGGGGGAAGAGAAAGAGGAAAUUUUUGUGGAACUUUCGGUCGAUUUUUCUCGUCGGCCGGGCUUAUUCCGCAGCUGGAAAAUGGCUCUUUUUACCAAAGUUUACCUGCUCUAUCCACCUGUACUAGUCAUUUUGCCAAACGCCGGGGGAAGUUCAGACCAUUCCCUCGUGAGGAUUUUUUCGCCCUUACAACCCAAAAUUGGGCAGCUAAUUUUUACAUAUUCUGAAUCAGAAAAAUUUUGCGAUUUUUUUGAUAUAUGCCUCGACCUGUAACUCCACACCCAUAGAAGUACUUUCCUUUUGAAAUUUUUUGGACUUUUGUCUAGUACAAUAUAAAUUGAUGUCCGUUUGAGCCGAAAAUAAUGUCGUAUCCGAAGUUUUAGAUCCCCAUCCUCUUCUACGUGCCCCUGUUGUCGAACCCGGUGAGCCAUUGCUUCGACCCAGCCAUCGAAGGCGAGAUCCAGCACAUGAUGCUGGGACUGGGUGACGUCAUCGCGCCGGGCUACCUAAUCGGCUUCGCCUUCUUCAUGGACGUGUGGAAACGCACGAAGUACAUGGAGUACGGGAUCACCACCCUCACCGGCUACGCAUUCGGCAUGCUCGCCACGUUCAUCUCGUUGAAAUUGAUGGCCACCGCGCAGCCGGCCCUCAUUUAUCUGGUCCCGUUCACGCUGAUCCCCCUCACCCUCCUCUGCACCAUCAAGGGCACCCUGAGGGAGGCGUGGAAAGGUGCACCCAGCCAAUAA